AUGUAUUGUACCCCCUCUGGGGGCAAUGCUGCCGUGGCGCGAGGCAAAGCAAAUCUCUCGAUUCUGGAGAAAGGUGCAAUGGAUAAUGCGACUCCAGCUACAACGAACAACACAAGGAUGGAGAAACGGAUCGCUUUAGAAUGCGGCAAGCGAAAGCCAGAGGAGGUAACCCCCCGUCCCUUUCGAGGUCUAAAGAUGCCAUCUAACCAGAAUUGAAGCUUUUGUUUCGAUUUACGUGAUGAAAGCGCAGUAAAUCGACGAAAUUUGUGAUUCGACUCUUCUCCAUGUGCUUUUGUUGUUUUGCAGAUUCGAGAGCUCAUCUUGGACAAUUGUUAUUCUACCACGGUCGUUGGCCUAACAGAUGAAUUUCUUAACUUGGAGGUCUUGUCGCUGAUCAAAGUUGGGCUGACAAAUUUGAAAAGUUUUCCCAAUUUACCAAAUCUAAGGCGGGUGAGUAAGAUUUUGUUGAGCCUUCCUCAUGACUUCUGCUCCACGACACUCUCAUAGAGGUGCACCCCAGCUUCUCUGGUCGUGUAUGCCUGUAGCCGCGUAGAUUAUGUUAUUUCGAUAUCUUUGUUUUCAGCUGGAACUUGGCGAAAAUAGGAUCAUGUCAGGACUACAGUCUCUUCAGGGAUCACCUAAAUUAACAAAUUUGAGCCUUAGCAAUAACAGAAUAAAAGAUCUCGAAACUCUAGAACCCUUGGUAGGUACAAAUUUCAACUUGUUGUUUGUUAUAAGCUUAUAUGGGCUAACUUGUGUGGAAGCGUUAAUACUAUUAAAGCAAAAAUUUUGUCUGCGAAGCGCUUGUUUUGUAUUUUCGGAGUCCAGUUAUUUCAGUCAGCUCUUACACGUACUGUGUUUCUUUUACAGUCAAAACUGCAAAAUUUAAAAAGUUUGGAUUUGCUAAACUGUGAGGUAACGACGAUAGAAGGUUACAGAGCCGAAAUAUUCAAGAUGAUACCAUCCUUGAAGUAUCUUGACGGCUAUGAUAGGUAAGCGAGGAAAUUGAAGGAGGAAAGCGUAAAUGACAUCCGUAUUUGCGCUCUCGUCCUGCUCUUUCUGUUGAUACCUGGUUUUGAACCCGUCAUGCGGAGUUGAAGUAAUUUUUGUUCUCGUUCGCCAUUAGAUACGGGAAUGAAGCUGACGAAACGGAUUCCUCGGGUGAGGAGGAUGGCGAAGAAGGUACAGCUUUUUGUCUUGAUGUACUUGAUUUCAUGAAAUACCAAAGAGGCAAAGCGAAAGUUCGCUUUCGUUUCCUCAGUGGUUACAAUUUGAAUUAUGUUCGUUGCCUGAGAAGCGUUUGGGAUAGUGUUUGGCGCGGUGCGCUGUUUGAUUUAAAAUAUGCGAGUUCACGAUAAAGAAGAAUUGAGUGAAAAAAGUUUGUUGCCACCUAAUGGAGUGAUUGCUGUGAAGUGUUAUCGAAGAGAAAGGUGUGCUCCUUCGUGAGUUUUCACAUUUAUUGUGGCAGGAGAGAAUUUUUAUGCGAUAUUUUGCCCUGAUAGAAAAUAGAAUUCUAAAAUGGCUUUUGUGCGGACGCCACGCUCCAAAAUGAAAUUCCCGCGCAUUUAGAAGUUCGAGAAUAUUUUAAGUUUGGUUUUGUCGCUGCAAAGUUUCAGUUCGUGGAUCCAUUGAUUUUAACUGACGGACGUCCUAGAAAGUAAAGACAUCAAUAUUUUAAUAGCGAGUAUUUCUAGUUAGAUUUCGAAAUAAGAUCAUAUUCCACGUUUGUAUAGCCAGAACCAGCUUAUGUAGAUUUUUACAUGGUGAGAUUAAGUUCAUUUACUAUUCACUUCAGUGGAAGAUUCCUUCCCUUUUUGUUUGACAGAACCUACAGCCGUUAAAUGGUGAUUAUUUAAUUGUUGUUUGUUGUUUCUUGAAGCAAAAAUUUCUCACUGUGAAAUGUUCAAGCAAUUCCUGUUUAGAUACAUUAGAAUGUUUAUUCUCUUCUGUUCAGUCUUGUCAGAAUGGGUGAUUGUAAAGCCGUCGGUUUUAAGUUUUUUAGUUCGUAGGGGAUAUACUUCAUGGCUUAAAAUUAACAGUCACGAAAUGCUUAUGUUGAAAAUUUUGGCAUUGGAGUAAUGUGCUUAUACAUAAUGCUCUUUUCUGUAAAUGAUGCAAAAAAUACACCUAAUAAAACUAAGUAUAGGGACGGUAAAUCUCUAUCGAAUUUGAUCCGUUAUAGUUGGGAGUAGUCUGUUGGUAAAAGAAAAAUUUUAUUCCAUCCGUUUGUCUUGUGUGCCAAAUUUUCUCAGUUUAAUGCGGCAAGUUGUCUAAAUGGACCCAGCCUUUGUCAAAACUGCAGUUUAGCAUCUAUCACAUUUUAAGGUCUCGAGUCGCUGGAUUUUGAACAAAGUUUAUGUAAUCUUUUUAUGAUACUUGAAUUAUGACUUCAAAUGAAUGCCUGGAUUAUUUCAAUUCCACCUUUCCAACCCAACGUACACAUCUGUAAUGUGUGUCAAUUAAACUUAUCAUGCAGCACUUGCUCAUCAGAUGGCAUCUUUUUUCGUGCUGUAGGAGGAUGUUUUGAAAGGAAUGUUAGGUUAGGGUAAACAAUCUUUUGCUAGUUUGGCAAACUUUGCUUGCAGGGACCAAUACUUACAGCUCAUGAAAUUUCUUUUGUUGCUGGGCUAGGUCUCACAGCAGCCUUGCAAACUAGUAAACUACCACAUUACUGGACAUCCCAGAUUGGUUAAAUGCUAUUAUUAUCUGUAUUGUGGCUGAGUUAUUUUGUUUAUUUUCAACAGACGAGGAGGGUGAUGAUGAUGAUGAUGAUGAGGGGGAGGAAGACGAAGAAGAUGAAGAGGGCGAAGGUGAAACAUUUUUACAGUUAAAUUCUAAAAUAUUUACAGUCAAGCCAAUUCAAGUAUGGUCCCUAUUGUUUAUUGUUUUCUUAUCAUUUUGCCAUACACACAAAAUAUACAUGUAAAAUUUUAAUAAAGAUGAGGUAAGGGAGCCCUUUAGAAGCCAAUAAGGCUUGUUGAUAGGACCACCUUUAAAAUUAUGUUAUUUAAUUAAUAAUAUUACAAUACUGACAUCGGCAAUUUUAUUUUAAGUACGCACAAUUUGUUUGGAACCUAGAAAGUAAUCAUUAAAUAGGAUAAAAAUAGAAAAGGCUGAACGUGUGAGUGCAAAAACGAGAAAGAAAAGGUGAGAAAAAAUAAUUUAAGAAGAAACAAAAAAAAAGUGAAAGAAGUGAAAAACUACACACAAGCAUUAGGAGAGCUAAAGUGUGCUUAUUCCAAGAAAAAAUGACUUAAAGGUCAAAUGAACCAAAAUUUCGACCUUUUUUAUUUCAAAUCAAUUCUAGUGAAAUGUGUUUAAUAUGAACCAAAUAAACAUACUAUGAAGUUUCAGCUCAAUUGAAGCACGUAUCACUGAGAUAUUGGCAAUUAAAAAUUGCUAUUUUUUGGCCCUUAUCUUCGUAGAGUGGUCGGAAAAAUUGUCGGAAUAAACAGCUUGUGACGUCAAUGUUGGUCAGGUGAAAAAAAGCGGGAAAUUCAAAACAGAGUUUUUCGAGUCGACUUGGCGCAGAAGUGGUUUGUGCGGCCAUAAACCUGAAAAGAACAGGCAAUUUGUCUUCAAAAGUUGCAGGCUGUGGUUAUGACCUUCUUAUUAUUUAAUUUUCUCGAAGAAUACAUCAUAGUGUUGUACUGGAAAUGUGCGUGCGUAAGUCCGAUUUUUUUCGAGAUGUAUUCACAAAAUGUGUUCAUGUAAGGAAGUUCCUGGAUAUAUAAGGUCCGGAGCUCCACUGUGGACGCAAAAACAAAAUAUCUUUGUAUAAUAAUCUGCCCAAAGAAAUUCAAGUUUCCCCACAAUGUGUUUGCAGUCACUGAACUUUGUCGCACUCCAGCUGAUAUUUUAAAGCCAACGCUCGAUCUGACACUUGUAGCUUCGCAGAUCUCUAAAAUACAAACAAAAUCUCAAAGUAGAAGUUUUGGCGUUGACCUUUUGGGCAGAAAAAGAGUUAAUCUUUACGUAGUAAAUCUUCCCCAAGAUCGGUUUAAAAGCAACCAUAGUUUUUUAAACUUGAUUGUUUCGCGCAGCAAACUGAAUCAUUAGAAAAUACAGAAAACUGCACAUAAGGAUUUGUUUUGCUCGCUUCAGUCAAAUCCAGCUCCAGCAAUUGUUUACGGGCAAAGAGUCGAUUGUUUUGGAGUCACAGUGCCAGCAGUUGUCGUUCUCCGCUACUUCACAGCGAGUGAAAGAAAAAUUUGCGUACAAAAAGAUAACAAAACUAUGUAGUUAAAACUGAAAAAAUUAAAGGAAAAAAAACUCUGACCAUUAUUACUUGAGCAACAGAAAAAUGAUGGAGUUAGUCAUUUCUUCUCGAGUAAGCUUGCUGGCCUUCUAUAGUUCCGAGAAAGUUUUUUGAACUUAAAAGCUUAAAAGCGCACAAGUUUGUUCACUCUCAUGCGUUAGCAUUGCGGUUGUUUGACUGAAGACAAGGAUAAAACUGGUUCUGCAAAGGUAAAUGAAUCUGGGCAUGUAAAAAAAAUAACCGUAACUACUAAUAACAGAAUACAAGCGGGUUUUAAUUCAGCCCGGUGAAAGAAGGCGAGGCACUGGACACAAAAUCAAUUCACAAAUCGAAUGCACAAUUAUCAGAAAAAUACAAACCUCUUUUGAAAUGUUCAAAACGUUUUAUUCCACCUCAGACUGACGGAAUGAUCUGUUUUUACUCUAACACUGGUUGUUCUGAAUCCAAAGUAAUUUUCAAGUGACGAAAACACAACAGUAACAAAAACAGAAAAAAAAGCCUUUACAAGGAGCAAACGUUCGCACCUCGUGUAUUUCAUUCAGUCUCAGUCAGAACUCUCACAGAACGAGACAAACAAAUGCAGGGGGUAAGGGAUGCGCAGAAGCUUGCGCAGAACGUUUUUCCGCCCUGAAAGACCAACAUUGACGUCACGUAGUCUCCAGUCUAUCACGCGGCCAUUUCAGAAACGUUUUCGUGAAGUCUUCGGAAAUGCUUGGAUUUUGAUCUUUUAUCUUUCUAUAAAGGCUUGGGAAGAAAAAUCUUUACCCAAAUCUCACUUAGGAUGGUUCUUUUUAGUGUUUGAUGAAGGUAGAGUGGAAAAGAAAAUAUUUCAAUUUUUUGGUUCAUUUGACCUUUAAGUUUGGAAUUGAACAAAGCAGUACUAGAGGCAUUCUGAAUUUCAGAGCUAAGGGAAUUAUAUAUUUUGGGCCCUUGAUAAUGAAGUGAAAAGUUCCUUACAUUUGUCCUGUAGUAGUUUAAAAUAACAGGUGAACCAGUAGUCUUCAUUCUGUCCCACAAGGUUAAGAAUUCCAACUAGCUGGAGGCAAGUCAGUUCGCCAUUUUUAAGCGUGAUCAAGGAAAUGAACUUGGGACUAUGGAUAGUAGAAUAAACAGAAGAAAUCCGGCUAGGGUUUAGGGCAGGGCUGGAACUCUGUGCCUGCAGUGCUCUAACUGCUCCACCAGGUCUCUUCCUUAAGUUGUUGUUGUUUAUGAUUUCCAAUUCAAAUUUGCAUUCCUGCAUGCAUUAGAAGGACAAAAUUUUACACCUUAACUUCUCUUCAUUCAGUCAGGUUGAAAAAUCUUAAACACUUUCGAGAAAAGAAAGUAGAGCUGACAUAAAUUUGAAUUACCCUGCAUGUCAAUUCACUUUCCUUGUGUAUCUGAGAAUGAAGAAAUAAAUAUUAUUGGCAACAACUUAUUUAAAUGAGUCAUGAAAAGAAUCUAUGGGUGUAUGCUUGACUGUAAUGUAAAAAUAUGUUGGCAUUUAUGUGUGCCAGUAUUGUGCCCUUUUCUAUUUAAUUUGCUAGCCAGCUAAAUAAAGAAGAAACAAUUUACCUUGACCUGAGUGUUUCCUCAGAUGGUGUUAACCAGUUACUUAACGAUGUGUGAUUGAAAACAUAUUGCCUGCUGUACACUUGUUUUAUAUUUAAUUUACACAACACCACUUGUUAGUGCUGCAUUACAAAUACCAUAUUACAAAUCAUUACUCUAAAUCAGCAUUUUGUUCUAGUAUCUGGUGCACAGUAUAUGAUGGAAUACUGCUACUGUCCAUGGUACCCUGAUUACUUUGACAAUCUCUAGUUGCCUUGCUGUCAAGCAGAAGGUCAAUGACAGAUAAUUAUUUUCAAGGCUGUGCUGUGUGGAAAAAAAAUAAUAGGAAGCCCCUAAAGCUCUUGGCAUAUGAAAUUCAGCUGUUAAGCUUUACAGUAUUUAGCAAGAGACCACCAGGUGCUUUAAGGUCUUGUGUUUUCUCUGUUCUUAUACUUAAAAUUUGUUAAAUUAAAGGAGAUGAUGAUGAUGAAGACGAUUUAGAUGAAGGGGAAGGGUCAAGUGAUGAUGAGGAGGGAGUAGAAGGUGAAGGUGAAGGUGAGUAUCUUAGAAUGGAAUUCAUCAUCUACAGACUGUACUUUUUUAAAAUUAUAGUAUUGCUAUUAUUAUUUUAUUUGCAUUACAAUGUAUAACAAAUAGAUGACAGAACAAUACACUAUAAACGUUUAUGCUGAAGUAACUAUACAUAAAAUUUUCAAGUACACACGUUUCUAGGGUAAAGAGUCCAAAGGCAGAGUCCACUUCUUAAGAAAUUUCUCCAUUUUAUUAGUUUCAACACAUAUAUACUUUUCUGUUUCAUACUGAAUUUUAACCUUGGAUGAAAAGGCAGUUAUGAUUGGAAGAGUCUGAUUACUUCUACAACAACAUAAAUAUAGUUUAGCGAUCAGUAUCAAAUAAUUCAGCAAAGGGCAAUUUGUAUUAUAAUAUUCUUGUAAUGACGUCUUGUAAGGUUGGACCGACGAAUGUUCUUGUCAAUGUGUAAAAGUAAUAUGGAAAUUCCUUUUAAAACUGCUUGGUGUGUUUGCAUUUGAUAAAGAUGUGGUAAAGGGGGGGCUGUGCUAGGACACUGCCCUCAAACAGAUGAGCUGUCAAAUGACCCAGAAAUAAUGAUAUCUUUCACUUGAAUUAGUAAGAGUGAGGUUCAGCAUUGUAAAAUAAACUUGUUUGAGAAUCUUCAGUGAGUUUUGAGCAUUGUUUUGGGUCAAGUUGUCACAUAUGCCCCCUUUGCAUUCACGGCUCUGAUUUAAAGAUAGGGGUUCAUACAGAAUCUUGAAUUCUUGGAAAAGUCUUGCAUUGCCCAGCCAUUUUCCAGGCCUGAGAAAGUCAGCAAAAUGGAGAUAAAGUCGGGGAAAAUGGUAAAAGAGUCUUGAGUCUUUUUUUUUUCAAAGCUGCACAGCGAGUGCUUUAUAAUUUUUUUUGUUUUUGUCAAAUCUUAUUCAAUCUUGCCCAUAUGUUUGCAGCACAUCAUGAAAAAUAGCUUUUCCCUGCAUUUUAAAGGUGUCUAUUGAUGAACUAAUUGAUAACCUUGAGUCUGGAAAAAGAAAUCAUUGUUUUGGAAAAAAGUCUAGAAAAAGUCUGAAGAGAACACUGAACCUGGUAAUUUAUACUUUUUUAGCAAUAGUAUUUUGUGAUUUCUCUUUGUUUUUAAAUCAGAAGGUGAGGAAGAUGAUGAAGAGGAGGAGGAAGAAGAUGAAGGGGAAGAAGAGGAUGAACCAGGUCUAGAUUAUUUGCAAAAAGAAAAUUUGGAGGUACAUACUUAAUCUUAUAACAGAUUUAUAAUUAAACUUGGGAAGGGUGUUUAGGGGUCUUUGACUACUGAUGAUGCCCCAGGCAUAUCAUAUCAAUAAUCAUGGGGUUGUUUCAAGUUCUGAAUGAAGUUUCAAUGUCUUUGGUCACAAUGUCACUGAAUUAAUGUAAAUUAUCACAAAAGGUUUGUUUGUUAGUGCAAGCUUUGAUUUGCUCGGGUUAGUGAGUUAAUUUGGUUGCAGUUUCAGUUAAACAAGCCAUCUUAUGUCAAUUUGAUGCAAGGGCUGCAGAGUUGACCAUACAAUAAAACAUUCUCUCUUUAAAAGUUAAGUUGCCUGCUUUUGAGAGGUUUGUGUGGUAUGAAUAAAAGGUGUUUGCAGUGACAGGUUCCUAGUAUUGAAGGGAUGCCUUUUUGUAAACCAGAACUUUUUUGUUUUGUCCAGGAUGAAGAAGAAGGCGAAGAUUUCAAUCCUGAUGAAGAAGAUGAUGAAGAAGAGGAUGAGGAAGAAGAUGAGGAAGACGAGACACCAGAAGCCGACAGAAGAGGCGAAAAGAGAAAGCGGGAAGACGAAGAUGAGGAUGAUGAUGAUGAUGACUGACAUUAACUCUUCCAGCAAACAUUUCGCUACUAAACCCAGUUUUAGAGGGUGUGCUCUUUACGUAUAGAGAUGUCCACCAUGGUGGAAAAGUCUUUCUUAUUCAAGCCUUUGAAGUGGUCUGUUGCGAGACUAUUGUUUAGAACUGUCUCUUGGUCUAAAAUGAACUAUUUUCUCAUUCCUGUAGUUGUCACUUGGAGUCACCUCUUUAAAAAUUAAUGACUGAUAAUGUCUGUGGCUAGUGGUUGAAAAAAAAUAAUAUGUGACUGGAUAUUACCUGUUGAAGCACUGUGGGAGAUAUUGAUUUUAAAACUUGCACUGCCCCUUUCUGUCACAUAAGAGUAUACAUGAAAGCCAGUUAUGUUAGGAAUAGUAUUCUAAAUUAAGAAGACUCGGUAACACCUACAGGGAUUGUUAUUAUCAGGUUUUGGUUUCUACAAGUGUCAGCAAUGGACUGAAAAGUUGGCAACAGAAAAGAUACCAAGUAUUUCACGUGCAUUGUGUGUAGAUAGAAUGGCACACAGCAAUCAAGGAUUUGCUAAGCUGCAAAAUCUUCUGAUAACAGGCUUUGAAAAGUUUUUAUAUCACCUUCCUCAACAGCUGCCAAGAUAACAUAAGGAAUGCUUACUGGGUAGGUUGGAUACUUCCCCUACCAUUAGUCAAAGGUUUUCACUGGAAGGUGUACAAGUGUAUAGUGUCAUAAUCCUGGCCUGUUUAUUACCUCUGAACCACUUAUGAUUUUGUUUUGUGAAAACAGGUCCAGAACAGUGAUCAGUGCAAAGCACUCUCCUAUUCAUUAGUUUAUUGCAUUUUUCCCAAAGAUUCAGCAUUAAAAUCCUAAGGUUUGGUAUGUAAACACUCAAGCAAUAAUGUUAUUGUAUUUUCAUGUGGACAUAUUUUGCCUGUUCGUUUUUUGUACCAUACAUGUAUGUGAUUAAGUCGAUUAUAAAGCUUGGACACCAAAAUAUUGGGUUAGUCACUAACAUUUUAACUAAAAUAGACAAAGGAAAACGCGAAGUCACAGGCAAAAUAGUAUCACCCCUGAGAGAGUCAACUCAACCAGAGACUGGAUGCAUAUAACAGUAAACUGAAAAACAUGGCUGUUUACAUAAGAUUCCUGUGCUCUUUAUCAUUAUUUUUAGCAAAAAACUGUUAUUGAUUUGAUGUAAACAUCAGUGUUGACUUCUCUGCCACCUCAACCCUAAGGAGUGGUUAGGAGAAAAGAGGUGCAUUCAUGGACAGCAAGGGACGCCACAAUAAUAUUAUUUCUGUCCCUAUACAUUGUGUAUUUUUGAUCUCAUUUGACGGAAGGCAGUUGUCAUUGUCACCUUUACAGUGUACAUUUUUUGGGAUCUUAUGUAAUAAACUGUUUUACUCCUUUUCCAGAGAUACAUGCACGUCUUAACUAUAUGUAUAAUUCUUUAAGUGGCACGGGAUUUUAAGCAAACACUAGC